UUUGCUUGUGUGGAUGUUAGUUUCCUUUGAUCGAUCGAUGUUAGUUUCCUUGCUGGAUUGUAUAGAGUUCCCUUUGAUCGAUCGAUGUUAGUUUCCUUGCUGGAUUGUAUGGAGUUCCCUUUGAUCGAUCGAUACCUCGGCAUUGGAAAUGCCGAGAAGUCAAUUCCUUUGCAGAUGUGUGUUUGGGAUUCGUGCAGCGAUCUCUAUUCUUUCUUUCUUUUUUCUUGUGGUUUCUAUUUUUUUGCUUGCAUGGUGUUUGAUACUGGCAAAGAUGGUGGUGGUCCUAUACGACAGCUUGGACAGCUGAUUGAGGCCAGGACUGUGUGUGUAGUCGAGGCUUUACCCACCCGUUGACAUUAGAGCUUGGAAGAUUCAUAUUACUUUGAGAGGAAGGUUUAAGAAAAGGAAAAGGAGAGGACUCAGAUCCAACGGCGAGAACCCUGAUACGUGGGUGACUUAGAGUCGUUUAUCGGUAUUUGCUACAGUCGUAGCUUGUUUGCGAGAGAUGGAAGAGCAAGAGGUGGUGCUCGCGACGCCUCUGAUGAAAAAUGAGAGUGGGGAAGGACCGAGCAGAACAUACAGUGGCGAGGGGUUCUCGGCUCUCAGGCAGCUUUCUGGAAAGCGGCAAUUCAAGGUGGUCAGGUCCUUUCAGGAAGGGGCUUUUGACGCGAGCAUCGGCCAUGGAGGAAUCCGUGAGUAUAACAAGAAGCAGCGCGAAGCGCUUGCUAUGUUUGAAGAGGUUGAUGCGCUGAGUCAUCUGGGACAAGGACUGAGAGACGAUGGUAAAUCGAGUGCUGAUCGGGAAGCUCUGGCUGUUAACUGCUCCAAUCUGUGGAACGUCAUACUUCUUGCUUUGAAGGUAUAUGCAACAGUAGCAAGUGGUUCUCUGGCAAUCGCGGCCUCGACACUAGAUUCUCUCCUUGACUUGUUGGCUGGCGGCAUUCUUUGGUUCACCCAAUGGACAAUGAAAAGGACGGACAUUUACAACUAUCCCAUCGGGAAGCUGAGAGUUCAACCAGUUGGCAUUGUGGUUUUCGCGGCUGUUAUGGCAACUCUUGGCCUCCAGGUGCUUAUAGAAGGCGUGAGACAGCUUCUCGACGGGAAGCCCAAAACUCACCUAGAUAUGUCACAGUCGAUAUGGAUGAUAGCGAUCAUGGGAACAGCCAUCGUCGUCAAGCUGGGACUCUUUCUGUACUGCCGGAGCUUCAAGGACGAGAUAAUUCUCGCGUAUGCAAUGGAUCACCAGUUCGACGUGAUCACGAACGUGGUUGGCUUAGCGGCAGCUCUACUUGCUGAUCGCUUCUACUGGUGGCUGGAUCCCAUUGGUGCUGUAGCUCUGGCGAUCUACACCAUUGUCAAUUGGUCCAAGACGGUUUUCGAGAAUGCAGUGUCGUUGAUCGGAAAGUCGGCACCACCGGAAGUCCUCCAGAAGCUGACUUACAUGGCUUUCAAUCACCACCGUGACAUCCAACACAUUGACACGGUCCGCGCUUACACAUUUGGAGCUCUCUUCUUCGUUGAGGUUGAUAUCCAACUUCCAGAGACGAUGCCACUGAAAGAAGCUCACGACAUUGGCCAAUCUCUGCAAGACAAGAUCGAAGCUCUCGCAGAAGUAGAGCGUGCUUUCGUCCACCUCGAUUUCGAGUGCACGCACAAACCAGAGCACCAAAAGAGCCACUUCAUCACAGACGUGUAAAAUAGACAGAGGCGGUUCGGAGAAAGGAAUCGAACCUGGAACCCCCUUGCGCUAGAGAAUAAAGUUUAAUUAUCCUGUUUC